AGUAGAUCAAUCUUAACUUUGUCCUUAAGGUUGGUAAAAAGUGGAAACAAGUUAUAUCGGUUUCUGAUAUUUUUCCAGGAUUGACGUAGAAAUGUGCUCUGAUUGUAAGUGCGACUAUCUUCAAAGAGGAACUACCUACAGGCAUUUUCACUGGUAUUCUAAAUUAUGUGGACGAUAUAAUUACAACUAUUUACAGGGAUAUCUCUUCAACGUCGACUGGAGAACUGACUUUACCGAGAAUUUUGGUGGAUCGACGGGCUAUCUUCGCUUCGUGUCGGAUGAUACUGUACACUACACAGGAUUUAAGUUGACCUUCAUGGCCAUGUCCAGGACAGCGGGUAAAGAAAACUAUCUGAAUGCAAGCGAAGAUGAAACUAUUGAGUUUGGCACACCAAAGGUCGACGUAGAGAACUACCCCUCAGAUUACGCAGAACAGUGGUUUUUAAUCGUCCCUGAGGGACAUACGGUACAGAUAGACUUCGACACAUUUGAACUGGAGGAGAGCGAGGACUGCAGAAACGAUUAUGUUGAGUUCCGUGAAGCAUCCAUCAUGGCUGGUGAUCCUAAAACAAUAAAUGGCUAUUUUGGUCCAAUCCUAACCAAUCGCCUGUGUGGAAAUACAAAGCCGAACUCGAUAAUGAGUCAAGGGAACAUGGUUUGGGUUCAGUUCGUGAGUGACAGAAACUCUACCACAGUAUAUAAAGGACUCAAAGCUUCUUUUAAAGCAGGACAGGGAAGCGGAUUGCCUGUAAGCCGUCCAAUGAUGCUUCUUUUUCUCUCAGCUUUGAUCAUGCAUGUGUCAAAGAACGACUUGUUCUAGUCCUGUCAAGUGUAUCCAGGAGAUGUCUUUAGAUCGCUGAAGUUUUGAAUCAUAUGCAUUUAGCUAAAUUCUGAUUGUGGAAUGAAAAGUUUCAAAGAUUUGAGUGCGAAG